AUGUUCACCACACAUUUACAAUCCAGGAGAACCGAUCCGCCCCCAUUACCUCGGCCUCGAAAAGCUCUCAGGUCCCCACAUCGCGAGAUUGCCUUCCGCAAGGAAUACAUAGCAGCCUCACAAACACGCCUGAUCCUUAAACCGCAAGGUGAUGCCAAAUCGGCCGUGUCACUCAAGAUCCUCGAUGACGAGGACGAUUCUGUGAAAUUCACCGUGACGGGCAGAAAGCACACCGAUCGCUCUUGUCGUGAAUUUCGCGAUGCUUCGGGUCUGCCGUUAUUCGAAAUUCACCAAAAGGCACUGUUUACGCAUAGCUGGUUUGUCACACUCCCCGGAAGUGAUGAGGCAAGUAUAGCCAAAGCUGCUCCACGAUUUUCUUUUAAGCAUGGAAUCGACGAUUUCAGCUUGUCGUUCAAGAAUCAAGCCGCCAUGGAUGUGAAGGAAUGUGCAGAAGAACGAGUGGAGUUGAACAUGGAGAGAUGUGGUACUGUCCUAGCACUCUACGAUGUUGUUGACGGUGACAGGAAGGUGGCGGUAGUACGCGAAAGCAUAGAGCACAACGAGAUCUUGCCUUUCAUGAACUCACGGUGGCGCAAGCGUCAAUCUGUGCUUGAUAUUACCGUAACUCCCGGAACAGAUAUUUCACUGGUAAGGCAUCCAUGCAUGCAGGUACUCUCUAUUUUGAUGGGCUAA